GAUUCAUAUUAAAAGCAAACAAAACAUUUUUAGUUGAAAUAAAUGUGAAAUUAAUAGAAAUUCAAUUAUUUUUGUUGUGUAUAUUAUUUUGUAAUUUAAUUGUAUGUAAAUGUAAUCAAUUUAAUUGUCCAUUCAAUUGGUUUAACAUAUAAUUGUGCGCUUAAUAUAUACGGAUCACUCGAACUGAUCCGCAGACCAAACACACAGACGAAGAAUGUCGAAGAAUAAUUGUCACAAGAAUUGCUGUGAUAACGACAGCGACAGCGAUUGUGAUGGUCUGUCGGCGCACCAGCUGUUCGGCACCGGAGAUGGACUCACCUAUAAUGAUUUCUUAGUACUUCCCGGAUAUAUAGACUUCAGCGCCGAAGAUGUGGAUCUGACCACAAACCUCACAAAACGCAUUCAACUCCGAGUGCCACUCGUGUCUUCACCCAUGGAUACCGUAACCGAAUCGGAAAUGGCUAUCGCUAUGGCGUUAUGCGGAGGCAUUGGUAUCAUUCACCACAAUUGUACUCCUGAUUAUCAGGCCGCGGAAAAAUACAAACACGGCUUUAUUAGAGACCCGUUAGUGUUGGGACCAAACAAUAAAGUGUCGGAUGUGUUGACCAUUAAGAAAGAGAGGGGCUUUGCUGGCAUUCCGGUGACCGAUACGGGCAAACUGGGCGGCAAACUGCUCGGCAUCGUUACCAGCCGUGACAUUGACUUCAAAACCCAAGACAUACUCAACGAACCGCUCUCGUCGGUGAUGACCAAAAGCCAGCACCUGGUGAUCGGCGCCGACGGCAUUACCCUUCAGGAGGCCAAUGAUAUACUCGAGAAGAACAAGAAGGGAAAACUUCCGAUCGUCGAUAAGGACCAACGCCUCACCGCUCUGAUCGCCCGCACGGACGUCAAGAAACACCGCGACUACCCGUUGGCCUCGAAGGACGAGAACAAGCAAUUACUUGUCGGCGCCGCCAUUGGCACACGUGAUGGCGACAAAGAGCGGCUCAAGAAACUGGUUGACGCCGGCGUCGAUGUCGUUAUUUUGGACUCAUCUCAAGGCAAUUCUCUGUUCCAAAUAAAUAUGAUUAAGUAUAUGAAGAAUGAGUUCCCAAACGUACAGAUCAUCGCUGGAAAUGUCGUAACAGUAAAUCAGGCCAAGAAUCUCAUUGACGCGGGCGCCGACGGCCUGCGCAUCGGUAUGGGCUCGGGUUCCAUAUGUAUCACUCAGGAGGUGAUGGCGUGCGGCCGACCGCAGGCCACAGCCGUGUAUAAGGUGUCGAAAUACGCCCGAAAGCAAGGCGUGCCGACCAUCGCCGACGGCGGUGUAUCUACAGUGGGUCACGUGAUUAAAGCGCUGGCGUUGGGCGCCUCAGCGGUGAUGAUGGGCUCAAUGUUGGCCGGAACUACCGAAGCGCCCGGCGAUUACUUCUUCUCGAACGGCGUUCGCGUCAAGAAAUACCGCGGAAUGGGUUCUAUCGACGCCAUGGAGUCGAAGGACGGAGAGGGGAGUCGUCAACGAUAUUUCCAGGGAGAGAACGAUGACGUGCGAGUGGCACAGGGAGUGUCCGGCGCUAUUGUCGACAAGGGAUCCAUUCAUCGGUUUGUGCCGUAUUUGAUAACUGGGAUCAGAUACGGCUCCCAAGACAUGGGUAUCCGUAGUCUAGAGCUUAUGAAAACCAAAACAUAUUCCGGAGAAUUGCGGUUCGAGAAGAGGACGGCUUCGGCACAGAUCGAGGGCGGAGUUCACGGACUCUAUUCGUUAGUUACAAAUCGGACCAAACUUUCUAAACAUUUGAACUAA